AUGCAGGCCAAGAGCUUGCCAACAAAUCCCCGCGAGUCGGCAGGUCUUCUGUCCUCGCUAAUGUUUUGGUAUGCCGUUCCUAUAUUAUUUAAAGGUCGUAGACAAACAUUAAAAUCAAGUGAUCUAUAUAGAACACUCGAAGAACAUAGUUCCGAAUAUUUGGGUGACAAACUUUUUGAAACAUGGCAAAACGAAGUAGAGCAGAGCCGCCAGAGUGGAGGGAAAAGAAAACCCAGCCUUGUACGUUCAAUUGGACGUGUAUUUGGUUGGCAUUUAAUAAUUUCGGGCAUAAUCAUUGCCUUUCUUGAACUGGGCACCCGGGCAACAAUACCAUUGCUAUUGGCUGGCCUUAUCUCGGAAUUCACCAAGAAUGGCAGUGGCAUUAGCUGGGAGUCGCAGUUUUAUGCAAUUUCCUUAAUCGCUUGCUCCUUGGCGAGUGUUUUAUUAACUCAUCCAUAUAUGAUGGGAAUGAUGCACUUGGCCAUGAAAAUGCGGGUGGCAGUGAGUUGUGCAAUCUAUCGCAAGGCCAUUCGUUUGAGUCGUACAGCUUUGGGUGAUACAACCAUUGGACAGGUGGUCAAUUUGGUUUCAAAUGAUUUGGGGCGCUUCGAUCGUGCCAUGAUACAUUUCCAUUUUCUAUGGCUUGGUCCAUUGGAGUUGCUAAUUGCGGCGUAUUUCCUGUAUCAGCAAAUUGGACCGGCAUCGUUUUAUGGGAUUACUAUAUUGAUCCUAUAUUUGCCAUUUCAAACCUAUAUGAGUAGAUUAACAUCAAAAUUACGUCUGGAGACGGCUCUGCGUACGGAUCAUCGUGUUAAAAUGAUGAAUGAAAUAAUCUGUGGCAUUCAAGUGAUUAAGAUGUACACGUGGGAGAAGCCUUUCAGUAAACUUAUACAACAUUUGCGUCAAAGAGAGAUGAACACGAUACGGAAAGUCAACUAUAUACGCGGCUGUUUGUUAUCCUUUGAGAUUACACUUGGAAGGAUUGCCAUAUUUGUGAGUCUACUGGGAUUUGUCCUAAUGGGCGGUCAACUAACAGCGGAACGGGCAUUUUGUGUGACGGCUUUUUAUAAUAUUUUACGGCGUACAGUUAGCAAAUUCUUUCCUUCUGGCAUGAGUCAAGUAGCUGAGCUAUUGGUUUCCCUGCGCCGCAUUGAAACAUUCAUGAAGCGCGAAGAGGCAGAUGUACAUAAAGAAACGGCGACGGAUCAAGAGGAACCCGAGCAAGGAGAGCACAGCAAACUGCUUGCAAAUGGCCACAAAAGGGAUUUAGAUACGAAUGUCAAUAAUUUGGUAAAUAUCGAGCAAUUAAGAGCCAGAUGGAGUCCAGAUAGCUCAGAGCCCGUAUUAGAUAACAUCAAUAUAAGUCUAAAGCCCAAGCAAUUGGUCGCUGUCAUUGGACCAGUUGGCUCCGGAAAAUCCAGUUUAAUUCAAGCCAUCUUAGGAGAAUUGCCUGCCGAAUCCGGUUCAGUUAAAUUGCAUGGAAGAUACUCUUACGCAUCGCAGGAACCGUGGCUCUUCACUGGUUCAGUACAAGAUAAUAUCCUAUUUGGCCUACCCAUGGACAAGCAAAGAUAUCGCAUGGUCGUCAAGAAGUGUGCUCUGGAAAGAGAUUUCGAACUACUUGGAGGAGAUAGCACCAUUGUGGGUGAACGAGGCGCUGGUCUCUCAGGUGGCCAGAAGGCUCGUAUUAGUUUGGCUCGUGCUGUUUAUCGCAAGGCAGAUAUCUAUCUUCUGGACGAUCCAUUAAGUGCUGUGGACACUCAUGUGGGUCGCCAUCUCUUCGAGGAGUGCAUGCGCGGUUUCCUCCGUCAUCAACUGGUUGUUUUGGUAACCCAUCAAUUGCAGUUUUUAGAGCAAGCCGAUCUAAUUGUUAUCAUGGAUAAAGGCAAAGUUACGGCAAGUGGCUCAUAUGCAGAUAUGCUGAAGAGUGGCCAAGAUUUUGCUCAACUUCUAAUAGAGCAAACACAAAGCCAGGGAAAUGGAGAACCAAAGGAUAAGCCUAAUGAAAACGAUGCAAAUGGUACAACAAUAUCCCGUCAAAAUAGUACGGCAAGUGAGAAGAGCAACUCCUCUUUGGAUUCCUCUGGCACAGAUUCAUUAAUAUCGGUCAAGGAGAAGACAGAAUCGGCAGCAUCUGCUUCAAGCCAAAAGGAAAAUACACAAGGUGAAAUCGGCCUAAGCAUGUAUAAGAAAUAUUUUUCGGCCGGUUGCGGUGUAUUAUUAUUUGGAUUACUGGUAUUCUUCUGUCUGGGCACACAAUUGUUAGUCGGGGGCGAUUAUUUCCUAUCCUAUUGGGUUAAAAACUCAUCGGAUUCGAAUUCAAUGGAUAUCUACUAUUUCACCAUUAUCAAUGUGUGUCUAGUGAUCUUUGCCAUUUUGCGUACCAUUGUCCACUUUAGCGUGGCCAUGCAUUCAUCUACCCAACUGCAUAAUAGUAUGUUUCAUAGUGUUUCAAGAACUGCUCUAUAUUUCUUCCAUAACAAUCCAUCGGGUCGUAUACUCAACCGUUUCGCCAUGGAUCUGGGAUCAGUGGAUGAAAUACUGCCACUCGUUAUGCUUGAUUGCAUUCAAAUUUUCUUAACCCUUACGGGAAUCUUAUGUGUUCUCUGUAUUACAAAUCCCUGGUAUUUGAUCAACACUUUUAUCAUGAUAUUGGCUUUCUAUUAUCUGCGAGAUUUCUAUUUGAGUACAUCGCGAGUGGUGAAACGUCUCGAGGCGGGAGCACGUUCGCCCAUGUAUUCACACAUCAGUUCGACUUUAAAUGGAUUGCCAACUAUUAGAGCCAUGAAUGCGCAGAAAAUGUUGAUCGGCGAAUAUGAUAAUUAUCAGGACUUGCAUAGCUCCGGCUACUAUACAUUCAUUUCGACAAGUCGUGCCUUUGGUUACUAUUUGGAUUUGUUUUGUGCAGUCUACACCAUAUCGGUGAUCUUAAACAGCUUCUUCAAUCCACCAGUGGAUAAUCCUGGCAUGAUUGGUUUGGUUAUCACACAGGCAAUAUCUAUGACUGGCAUGGUUCAGUUUGGUAUGCGUCAAUCGGCCGAGCUGGAGAAUACCAUGACAUCUGUGGAGCGUGUCGUAGAGUAUACGGGGUUGGAAGCUGAAGGAUCAUUCGAAUCCACACCAGGCCAAAAGCCACCAAUCACUUGGCCUGAGGAGGGACAAAUUGUUGCCAAAGACUUGAGUUUGCGUUAUAUACCAGAUCCCAAUGCGAAUCUAGUGCUUAAAUCUUUGAACUUUACCAUCAAACCAUGUGAGAAAGUGGGAAUUGUUGGUCGAACGGGUGCUGGCAAAUCAUCACUAAUCAAUGCACUUUUCCGUUUGUCCUAUACGGAUGGUAGCAUGCUGAUUGAUAAGCGUGAUACCCAACAGAUGGGACUUCAUGAUCUACGAAGUAAAAUUUCAAUUAUACCCCAAGAACCUGUAUUGUUUUCCGGUACUAUGCGCUACAAUCUAGAUCCCUUCGAACAGCAUCCGGAUUCAAAGUUAUGGGAAGCUUUGGAAGAGGUACACCUAAAACAGGAAAUAUCAGAAUUGCCAACAGGAUUGCAGAGCAACAUUACCGAAGGUGGAACCAAUUUUAGCGUUGGACAACGACAAUUAGUCUGCCUGGCUCGAGCCAUUCUUCGUGAAAAUCGUAUAUUGGUCAUGGAUGAGGCCACAGCAAAUGUAGAUCCUCAGACUGAUGCCCUGAUUUUGAGAUUAAUUCGAAACAAGUUUAAAGAGUGCACUGUGUUGACAAUAGCCCAUCGUCUAAACACGAUUAUGGAUUCAGAUAAAGUUAUGGUGUUGGAUGCAGGAGAAAUUGUUGAAUUUGGAUCGCCUUAUAAAUUGUUAGUUGAAUCGAAGACUAAAGUAUUUCAUGACAUGGUUAUGCAGACGGGAAAAGCUAGUUUCGAUCAUUUGCUCCUAAUUGCAGAAGAGGCCAAAAAACAAUCCACUGCAAGCCAGUAAAAUAUACUUAUGUACAUAUAAAAGUGUUUAAACAUAAACGGUAAUAGUACUUAUCGAAUAUACCCAUGAAACUAUUUUUUAUAACUGUAAUAAAAGAGAACUUUGCCAAAUUGUAAAUUAGUAAAUAAAUAAUGCCUUGCCAGGUGCAAAAUUUUGGGCGUACACUUAA